GAUGAAAAAAUGAGAGCUUCCAGACUGUGUUGAAGUAAACCCCACCAUCCAUUCUGGUUCAGAGCAUAAUCGCCUUGUCUUCAGAAAGAAAGAAAACAGAGCAUGCCUACCAAGCCCUUCCUCUCUUCUGCUCUGCUCUCCUGGAAAGUUCUGGACUUCUCUGGCCCAGGGCCUCAGGAGACUGGCCAGCCCCGCUCCUGUGGGCACUGGACAGACGGACAAGGUGAACCACCUGAGCCUGCUGGAGGGCCGAACGUGCUGGCUAAAGCCCUCUAUGACAACGUGGCCGAGUCCCCGGAUGAGCUGUCCUUCCGAAAGGGUGACAUCAUGACGGUGCUGGAGCAGGACACGCAGGGCCUGGACGGCUGGUGGCUCUGCUCGCUGCAUGGGCGCCAGGGCAUCGUUCCUGGGAACCGCCUCAAGAUCUUGGUGGGCAUGUAUGAUAAGAAGCCAGCAGGGCCUGGCCCCGGCCCCCCCACCAUCCCGGCCCAGUCUCAGCCUGGCCUCCAUGCCCCGGCGCCUCCAGCCUCCCAGUACACGCCCAUGCUCCCCACCACCUACCAGCCCCAGCCUGACAGUGUCUACCUGGUGCCCACUCCCAGCAAGGCUCAGCAAGGCCUCUACCAAGCCCCGGGUCCCAGCCCUCAGUUCCAGUCGCCCCCAGCCAAGCAGACAUCCACCUUCUCGAAGCAGACGCCCCAUCACCAGUUUCCCAGCCCUGCCACAGACCUGUAUCAAGUGCCCCCAGGGCCUGGAGGCCCCGCCCAGGACAUUUACCAGGUGCCACCUUCUGCUGGGAUGGGGCAUGACAUCUACCAGGUCCCCCCGUCUAUGGACACACGCAGCUGGGAGGGCACGAAGCCCCCGGCAAAGGUGGUGGUGCCCACCCGCGUGGGGCAGGGCUAUGUAUAUGAGGCCGCCCAGCCGGAGCAGGACGAGUACGACAUCCCGCGACACCUGCUGGUCCCGGGGUCACAGGACAUCUAUGAUGUGCCCCCGGUUCGGGGGCUGCUUCCCAGCCAGUAUGGCCAGGAGGUGUAUGACACGCCCCCCAUGGCUGUCAAGGGUCCCAAUGGCCGAGACCCGUUGCUGGAGGUGUAUGACGUGCCCCCCAGCGUGGAGAAGGGCCUGCCACUGUCCAGCCACCACGCGGUCUAUGACGUUCCUCCAUCGGUGAGCAAGGAUGUGCCUGAUGGCCCGCUGCUCCGUGAGGAGACCUACGAUGUGCCCCCCGCCUUCGCCAAGGCCAAGCCCUUUGACCCGGCCCGCACCCCACUGGUGCUGGCUGUGCCCCCUCCAGACUCCCCGCCAGCCGAGGACGUGUAUGACGUGCCGCCCCCGGCUCCUGACCUCUACGACGUGCCCCCUGGCUUGCGGCGGCCUGGCCCGGGCACCCUGUAUGAUGUGCCCCGUGAACGGGUGCUUCCUCCUGAGGUGGCUGAUGGUGGCGCGGUUGACAACGGUGUCUAUGCGGUGCCUCCCCCAGCUGAACGUGAAGCCCCGGCGGAUGGCAAGCGCCUUUCGGCCUCCAGCACUGGCAGCACACGUAGCAGCCAGUCCGCAUCCUCCUUGGAGGUGGCGGGGCCGGGCCGGGAACCCCUGGAGCUGGAAGUCGCCGUGGAGGCCCUGGCACGGCUGCAGCAGGGUGUGAGCACCACCGUUGCCCACCUUCUGGACCUGGCAGGCAGCGCCGGUGGGACUGGGAGCUGGCGUAACCCCUCUGAGCCACAGGAGCCGCUGGUGCAGGACCUGCAGGCUGCUGUGGCUGCCGUCCAGAGUGCCGUCCACGAGCUGCUGGAGUUUGCCCGCAGCGCUGUGGGCAAUGCUGCCCACACAUCUGACCGUGCCCUGCAUGCCAAGCUUAGCCGGCAACUGCAGAAGAUGGAGGACGUGCACCAGACGCUGGUGGCACACGGUCAGGCUCUCGACGCUGGCCGGGGAGGCUCUGGAGCCACCCCUGAGGACCUGGACCGGCUGGUGGCGUGCUCGCGGGCUGUGCCCGAGGACGCCAAGCAGCUGGCCUCCUUCCUGCACGGCAAUGCCUCGCUGCUCUUCAGACGGACCAAGGCCCCUGCUCCAGGGCCCGAGGGGGGUGGCGCCCUGUACCCCAACCCCACUGACAAGACCAGCAGCAUCCAGUCACGGCCCCUGCCCUCACCCCCUAAGUUCACCUCCCAGGACUCGCCGGAUGGGCAGUACGAGAACAGCGAGGGGGGCUGGAUGGAGGACUAUGACUACGUCCACCUGCAGGGGAAGGAGGAGUUUGAAAAGACCCAGAAGGAGCUGCUGGAAAAGGGCAGCAUCACGCGGCAGGGCAAGAGCCAGCUGGAGCUGCAGCAGCUGAAGCAAUUUGAACGACUGGAACAGGAGGUGUCGCGGCCCAUAGACCACGACUUGGCCAACUGGACACCAGCCCAACCCCUGGCCCCGGGGCGGACAGGCGGCCUGGGACCCUCGGACCGGCAGCUGCUGCUCUUCUACCUGGAGCAGUGUGAGGCCAACUUGACCACACUGACCAAUGCCGUGGACGCCUUCUUCACCGCCGUGGCCACCAACCAGCCACCCAAGAUCUUUGUGGCGCACAGCAAAUUCGUCAUCCUUAGCGCUCACAAGCUGGUGUUCAUUGGGGACACACUUUCACGGCAGGCCAAGGCUGCUGACGUGCGCAGCCAGGUGACCCACUACAGCAACCUGCUGUGCGACCUCCUGCGUGGCAUCGUGGCCACCACCAAGGCCGCCGCCUUGCAGUACCCAUCACCUUCGGCUGCCCAGGACAUGGUGGAGAGGGUCAAGGAGCUGGGCCACAGCACCCAGCAGUUCCGCCGUGUUCUAGGCCAGCUGGCAGCCGCCUGAGGGCUGUGACCCCAGGAGGGAGGCAGGGGAGGGGCAUGGUGGUCCCAGCUCCCUGGCUCCCAUCUCAAGAGUCGCUGCGCCACAGGCUUAGAGACAGGACCCCAGCUCUGCCUUGGGCCUGGUGCCCUGGAUGCCCAGGAAUCUGUAUAUAUUUAUGACUGGGCAGGGUGUGGGGCCGUGCCUCCCCAGGAGCCGAAGCCCAGGGGUCGGCCAGUGGCCUUCCCCAGCAUGCACCACGGGCCCGGGGCGGGUCACCAGGCAGGGUCUGGAGUGUGAGGGCCCCGCAGCCUCCAGGACCUCUUGCUGCCCCGAGGUCUGAGCCUGGCCCCGCGAGGGUGCCGUGUCCCCUGACAGGGCCAGUGCAGUUUGGUGUGUCCUCCGCCUUACCAGGAGAAGACCCUGAAGAACUAGAACUAGUUUUCAUUAUUGGUUUUCCAAUCAUUUGACUAAUAGUCCAUUUAAAUAAAGUUUUUAAAAUGAAGAG